CACACACUCCCUCUCUCUCUCUCGCUCGCUCGCGCACGCACUCGCCGCUGACAAUGUCAUCGUCGUCCGCCUCCAACGGCAGCGCCACCGCCUCAAAUCCACCACCCGGCCGUCUCGCCUCCGGCUACAGCGAGCUCCAGGAGAGCCGUCUCAACGUCGACCUCCCUCUCCCUUCCGUCCUCAAAAACUCCAUCGACGUCGUUGACGGUCCCUCAAGUUCCGCCGCCGGCAACCCAGAUGAGAUCGCAAAACUGUUUCCAAACUUAUUCGGACAGCCGUCAGCGAUUCUGGUUCCCGGUAGUUUACCAAAGGCGGCGCUGGAUGAGAGAUUGAAAAUCGGCGUUGUCCUCUCAGGAGGGCAGGCUCCUGGGGGCCACAAUGUGAUUUGCGGAAUUUUUGAUUAUUUACAGGGUAGGACCAAUGGUAGCACAUUGUACGGGUUCAAGGGCGGUCCAGCUGGGAUUAUGAAGUGCAAAUAUAUAGAGCUAACAACAGAGUUUAUUCAUCCUUACAGAAAUCAGGGUGGCUUUGAUAUGAUUUGCAGCGGCAGGGACAAGAUUGAGACUCCUGAACAGUUUCAGCAAGCUGAAGAGACAGCAUUGAAGCUUGAUUUAGAUGGGCUUGUUGUCAUUGGUGGAGAUGACUCAAAUACAAAUGCUUGCCUUCUUGCAGAGUACUUCAGGAGUAAAAAUUUGAAAAGCCAUGUUAUUGGAUGUCCAAAAACUAUUGAUGGCGACUUGAAGUGCAAGGAGGUUCCCACAAGUUUCGGGUUUGAUACUGCAUGCAAGAUAUAUGCAGAAAUGAUUGGGAAUGUCAUGAUAGAUGCUCGUUCCACGGGAAAAUACUAUCAUUUUGUAAGGCUUAUGGGUCGUGCGGCUUCUCACAUAACAUUGGAGUGUGCUUUGCAGACUCACCCAAACAUCACCAUCAUUGGAGAAGAGGUUGCUGCCAAGAAGGAGACACUCAAGAAUGUCACAGACUACAUCACUGAUAUAAUCUGCAAACGAGCGGAACUUGGAUAUAACUAUGGUGUCAUACUUAUACCGGAGGGUCUUAUUGAUUUUAUUCCAGAGGUACAACUCCUCAUUGCAGAGCUUAAUGAAAUCCUAGCCCAUGAUGAUGUUGAUAAAUCUGGUGUGUGGAAAAAGAAACUCAGAAGCCAAUCUCUGCAGCUUUUUGAGCUUUUACCACAAGCAAUUCAGGAGCAACUGCUCCUCGAACGAGAUCCGCAUGGGAAUGUGCAGGUUGCCAAGAUAGAAACAGAAAAAAUGCUUAUUCAAAUGGUGGAGACUGAAUUGGAAAACAGAAGGAAUGCAGGUUCAUAUGAUAAGCAGUUCAAUGGGCAGUCCCACUUUUUUGGAUACGAGGGUAGAUGUGGUUUGCCUUCAAAUUUUGACGCUAAUUACUGCUAUGCGUUGGGUUAUGCUGCUGGGGCACUCCUCCAUUCUGGGAAGACUGGACUGAUUUCUUCGGUGGGAAAUUUGGGUGCUCCAGUUGAGGAAUGGACAGUGGGUGGCACGCCAUUGACAUCCUUGAUGGAUGUGGAGAGAAGGCAUGGAAAGUUUAAGCCAGUGAUUAAGAAGGCAAUGGUGGAACUUGAAGGUGCACCUUUCAAGAAAUUUGCAUCCGUGCGGGAGGAAUGGGCCAUCAAGAAUCGAUAUUUCAAUCCAGGUCCACUUCAGUUUUCUGGCCCAACGGCGAACGAAACAAAUCAUACACUUAUGCUGGAGCUAGGAGCACAAGCUUAGGAGCAUUGAUACAUCAUUUUUUCUCAAUAAGAAAAUUUUCUAUUUUGCUGUCAUAGAACAACAAUUCAACUGAUACUUAAAAACUGAUGUCCAAUUUUCAACAAUUCUGUCCAAUUUUCAGAAUUGUUUUUGCGAUUGAAUCCGUUGGAAAAUAACAAUUUUAUCUGGUGAUACUUUCCUCA